AUAAUUUGGACUUGAAUAAUUACAUACAUACUGUGCCCUAACUGAUGUUGGUAAUCUUGAGUUAAGCGAAAAAAUAUUUUUACGGAUGACGUUUAUACGGCGAAAUUGGCGGAGAAACGUUGCGUUGCGGUUAUUAUUACGCGGCUGACGUGCUCGGAUUCUGCGUAUCAGAGGACGGAUUGUGCAAUGGAGAGCAUAUUCCACGAGAAGCAAGAGGGGUAUCUAUGCGCCCAGCAUUGCCUGAACGCGCUUCUACAGGGUCCCUACUUUAACGCCGUGGAUUUGGCAAAUUUUGGUCAUCAGAUGGACGAAGAGGAGAGAAUCCGGAUGGCCGAGUCGGGCGUCGACAGUGAAGAUUACAAAUUGUUUCUAGAGCAACCAUCAGGAAACAUGGACGACAGUGGAUACUUUUCAGUUCAAGUUAUUAGCAGUGCUUUGAAAGUUUGGGGUUUAGAACUGAUUCCAUAUAACAGCACGGAACCAACAGCUUUACUGGCACAGAAUGAUCCUUCGUAGGUUAUUGAUAAUUUAUUCCAAUCGAUUUGUGUUUUGUUUUCAGAUAUUUUGUUCUAUUGCACUUGCGAAAAAGCACUCCUUUCAAAUAUUUUGUAGAAUAAU